AUGGAUCUUCCACCCCCUCAAGUCUUUCUUGAAUAUCUCAGGGUUUCCAACUUUGAAGUGUUGGAUUCGCAAUUGGUUGCUGAAUGGGUAGCCGGAUUACUACUUUACCAACACGUACAUAACCCGAACCCGACCCCGAACUCUAACUAUGGCCCACUUAUGUCGAAUAUUCCACUCUUCGAACGUAUUGAAGCUUUUAUUUCAUACGAAGAUCACGUUCUUGCCGUGAACUCAAGUAAUAUAAUGCCACAGUGGGGAAGGCAUGGUAUAUCGACCAUUAGCGUCAAAUUUUCCACAAAGGAUUUGGAAGAGGAUCAAAGGGAGGUAAAGGAUUGGGUCUUGGAGGAUAUCAGGAAAGAUAGAGAGAAUGGGGUAGUGAUUUUUGGCAUGGAGAUAGUCGUAUGGACUCGAGGAUACAAGAGGUCCUUUUGGGCUCGUUGUCCUAAUCUCAAAGUUGAUUUUAAUCAGCCAGAGUGGGAGGCUGCUUGGCCCAGACGUUGCCAUGUUUCUAAAUGGUACCAUCCUUUAAAUACAUUGUAUAGAUAG